UCCAUGAUCACAUUCAUCGAGAGGAGUUAUUCAGCAAUACUAGCUCAAUUGACUAGUAACUUCAUCCCAUAGAGGUCUUAGCGCUAGUCGAGCUAAUGAGAUAUCUCUGAGAUUCGUCUUUCAACAAAUGCUCAACACCCCUUGGACAAUGCCUCGAAAUACCAUUGAAGCACUUCGACAGGACUUCAAAUAUCGCCCAGAUCAACGAAGCCUCCCAAAUUAACACAUUCUCAAUCUCUGAACUCCUACUUAGCGCUGAGAUUAGUCCCCUUGUCUGUGUCUUCACUUUUCCCGCCCUAUUCAACGUUGGUAAGCAGGCCUAUUAGUCAAGUCCCUCCGGAGUGAAAGUACACGCCCUACUAUUGACACCUCUCGUAUAUAAACGAGGAAAGAUUCCUUCAAGCUUCUCAUUCUAUCCAAAAGUCUCUCAAUCUAGAACGACUUUCCCACAUCGAUCAACAAGUCAAAAAGCAAUGUCUUCUCGCACCGCUCUCGUCCUCAUCGACGUCCAAGAGGGAUUCUCCCAUCCGACCCACUGGGGAGUAGCCCGCUCAACUCCCUCCCUCGAAGACAACAUCCCAAUCCUUCGAUCCGCGUUCCGAGCAGCAGGAGCACACAUCAUCCACGUUCAACACGUCUCAGCCCACCCCGACUCACCACUCCACCCGUCUAACCCUGGAGUCAAAUUCAAAUCAUGCGCCACUCCGCUCGCAGAUGAGCCAAUCUUAACGAAGCGCACGAACUCCGCCUUCAUAGGCACAGAUCUAGAAGAAAGACUAAGGGCGAUGGACCUCAACCUCCUAGUCAUAGCAGGUCUCACGACGAUGCAUUGCGUUAGCACUACGACGCGGAUGGCUAGCAACUUGGGUGUGCUGAAGCAUCCUUAUGAUGGAACUGGGGUGGAUUGGGCGGGUAAUGGGCGGAUUGUGCUUGUGGGAGAUGCUACAGCGGCUUUCAUCACGGAAGAGGAGGUCAAGAAGGGGUGGAAUGCGGAGCUCUUGCAUGAGGUGCAUCUAAGUGCGUUGACUGAGUUUUGUGAGGUCCAGACGACGGAGGAAGUGGUGAAGGACGUUGAGGGGAGGAACAAGUGAUUUGAACGCAGUCUCUCCACUACGACGCAUCAAGGCUCGACUAUGCGCGUAAAGAAAAGUAUUGCAAGCCUUUACAUGUCGUUAUUUUAGUAGAAGGGCUUGGCAUUGGAAAAAACCGAAUUUGGGUUCAGGAUUCGUCUAGCGAGCUAUUCUCCGAAAAUACACGCAAAGCAGUAUUCAAACAAUAGUUCCGCGCA